UAAAACCAAAAGUUCUGAGAGUGAGCGGGGAGGAGAAAAGAAGAAGAAGAGAAGAGAACCGCAAGUGUGAGAGUGAGCGGGGAGGAGAAAAGAAGAAGAAGAAAAAACCCGGGUUCAAACCGAAUCAGAAACAACAACAACACAACGAUGUCGUCUCCGUUCCACCGUCGAUCUCAAUCGGAGGUACAUUUCCGAAUCCCCGACGACUUCGACCUUGAAAUGGAUCCCUUCGACUUCGACGCUUCCCCGCUCCAUUUCCAAGAUCCACAACCACACGACGAUCUCCUCUCUUCCUACAUUGAUUCCGAGAAUUCCGGAUCCAAACUCAAUUCUCCUCCUGCCAAUGGAGACACCGGCAGGCCCGGUCACCGCCGUAGCAACUCCGCCGAUACAUCUUCUUCUAUGUUAUCGGAAGGAAUCGAAUCUAAGAAGGCUAUGUCCCCUGAUAAACUCGCCCAAUUGUGGACCGUUGAUCCCAAACGAGCCAAGAGCACAAACUGCGACAAGGCUCGCCGACUCACAGCCGUUAAACUCCGACAGAGCGCCGCCGUUCACCUCCGUCAGAGAACACAAAGCCAUUGAACUUCUCUA